AUGCGGUACCAGAACCAGCGGGACCAGCAGCACCACGCUCACAAGCAAGUCGGGCAGGAGUACGAGUCAGGGCAGCACCACGACAGUCGCCUUGCAGCGGGGAGCGACUCCGCGAGGACGCACUGCGUGUCCAUCCCCGAUGGAGCGAGCCAGCUCCACUGUCACCCGCGCUGCGGUGAGGGCGGGCUUGAGCUGUUCGACAAAAUUGGAGGCGCGGGCCUCCUCGCGGCGAAACCGGCGGACGCCGUCCGCAAGUGCCGUGGAGACCCUCGACUGGCGCGCCCAGAACAGGCGCCCACCGCCGCAGAGCAACGGCAGCCUGGCCGCUUCGCCGGAUGGCCUCCCCUGGCGGGCCCACUACGAGAACGAACCAACUCACGCGUGUACGUGCCCUUGCUAUUAGCAGCGGCGGGGCUGCUUGACCAGCAGGAGGCGGCGGGAUGGAGCACGCACCCACUCGCGCACGACUGGUGGCAGCCGACAGUGGAGGCCUUGCAGCAAGCGGACCCCGUGCCAGCCGAGACCUUCGCCCAAGGGCUGGAGUUCGCAGGGGCCAGCCCAGGGGCGAUAUAUGCCGUGAUCGCCGCUGGGGGCGGAGCACGCCCUGGACACGUGCACCUGCCGCCUGUGGUCAGAGCGCUGGCGGACAGCGCUGGCUACAUCCACAACCUCGCCCAGGACCUCUUGCUCGAGCUCUUCGGGGGGGUCGUGCCGGCGCGGGGGGUCGACCGGCGCGCAGACCCGCGACCCGGCCAGGUGGGCCGCAGCCGCGCCGCGCCCGCCGAGGCCGCCACCAGCGGCGCCAGCAGGAGAGAGGCGGGGCAGCAAAGGAUCCCCAAGGAGCAACUCCUGGAGAGGUUCACCCGCUUCGAGGCUGGAGACUGGGCGCAACUUCUGACAGAAGCACAGCCGGGCCCGCCGCGCAGGCCGCCCGAGCGAGACGCGAACGGGCAGAGCAGGGCGCCCGAGGCACGACGGGGCCGGGCGCCAGACGAAAACGAGGAGCUCCGCAGCCGCUGCGAGAGGGCCCGCGAGCUGAUCCGCCUCGGCGAGGUCUCGGCGGCGCGGCAAGCGCUGACAGCGAGCGCGAUGGCACCAGGCACACAGGCCACUCUGGACGAACUCCGGGACCCGGCACGCCGCCUGCAGCAGCCGAGAGAGCAGCUCAGCGAGCGAGCCGCCCGCGCGCCGCCGCAAGGCCUCGCCAGCCUGGAACCAGACCGCCUCCUCACGAACGUGCGCGGGAGUCGCCGGGGCGCUGCGCCGGGCCCCUCAGGGAUGACGGGAGAACACUUGCAGACGCUGCUGGACGACGAGCACUGCUGCGACCUCCUGCACCACGCUGCCGCGCUCCUUGCGAGGGCGGAAAUCCCUGGCCCCGUGGCAGAGGCCCUCCGGCUCGGCCGCCUCACGGCGCUGCGCAAGAGCAACGGAGGGUGCGAGGGCUUGGUCGUUCUGGGGGCCCCGAUAGGCCACGGAGCUUUCGUCGCCCAACACCUGGAGGCCAUCCUGGAAGAACACCGCCGCUUGCUCGCGAGGAUACCACACGUCGGGGACCUGCAAUCCUCGUGGCUCCUGCUCAGCAUGUGCGCCAACCCCCGGGCCAACUUCUUCCUGAGGGCGCUGGCUCCCGAGGGCACGGCCGCCUUCGCCGCAGCGCACGACGACAACCUGGCCAACGCGCUCGCCGACUUGCUGGAACUCCCGCAAGAAGCUGUCGCAGAAGGCACGUCAGCGCGCCAACGCUGCCAACUGCCGCUUUGCAUGGGGGGGCUCGGCCUGCGAAGCGCGUCCAGGACGGCGCCGGCGGCUUGGUGGGCUUCCUGGGCAGACUGCGCGCAGAUGCUCCGCGAACGCUGCCCCGAGCUCACAAACCAGAUCUGCGCUGCACUGAGCGAGCUGGACCGGGGCCCACUGCCGGCCGCUCCCGGGCGCUUACAACAAGCCAGCAGGGCAAAGGAGCACCUCUCGGCGCACGGCUUCGCCGCGCCCAACUGGCACCUUGCGCAGGGCGCCCGGCCACCGCCGACGCACGAACGGGAGCACGGCGAAUGGGCGCACGGCUGGCAGUUCUGGGCGAACGGUUCCACGGCUCAAGGGAAGCAAGCCCAGCGGCCGGCGCGCGCGAGGGGCGCGCGCGGGGCGCAGGCAUGGCGCCCUCCAGGGGGCCACGGGGUCCGCGCGCCGACGCUCGGAGCAUGGGGAGUGCUCCGGGCGAAGGGGGGCGCCCACCGGCGACAGACCUACCUCGAGGACCGGUUCUACCUGAGGGCAACGCAGAACUGCAGCUACCGCCAUUGCCCUCCCGCCACCCUUGCUCACACCGGCAGCCCCGCAGCUCCCAGAAACGGGGGCCACCGCUUCUACCUGGCGCGCAAAGGGUUUCAGCUUGGCGCGCCAGCCGUGCCGGACCACUUCGGCGCCGUCUUCGGGAGGGCGCCAGAAGGCGGAUGGAAUUUUGCGGGCUCAUUCGCCCCGCACGGCGACAGGCAGGGCGAGGUAGCAGAAGCGGCAGCAACAGCGCGGGAGGAGCCAGACCGACCACCAGCGCCGGCAGAAGACGCCAACAUCUGCGUCGUCUGCCAGGAAGUGAUCCCGCACCAUGGGGCGGGCAGGGACACACCAACACAGGAGGCAUGCUGUGGCGCCCACUUCCACUUGGGCUGCCGCGCCGACUUGGCCCGCCACCUUGGCGAAGCCACCACUUGCCCGCAGUGCCGAGCCAGACUCCCGAUCACCGCCGAGUUGCGGGCAUGGUGCGCCGCGCAGGGCGUGGACAUAGACCGACACCCGCCCCCGGCCCACGACACCAGCGCCCAGGCCGUCCCAGAUUACAAUGGGUUUCGGAGCUACGCGCGAGGCGAAGAACCACCACCACGGGAGCCACCGCUGCUCCGAGCGCUCUGCUGCCGACGCCUCGGCCCACCGCCCGAAUUCUCCGAAGUGCCAGACCGCCGCAUGGAAUGGUCCCCGGAGAUCGCUGCAAGCGACACCAACGGGAUGAUCACGCAGUGGCUUGAGUCAUGGCUUUGCCCACGCUGCGGGGCGCGCUGCGCUGUCGACACGAUCGCGCCACAGAGCGGCCAACAGAUGUGCGCGAGGUGCCUAGAGCAGGGCACGUGGACCGCGGAAGCCAGCACGGCCGAAGGACCUGUGCUCACAGGGCCCUUUGUCCAAAUGCUGGCGUACACCGACGCUCGGCCCGGGGAAGUACCAGCGGUGCUUGCUGCAGACGGAGGAGAGCGCCCAGGGCACGUAUCCUUUGCGCCAGUCGCCCAGGCCGUGGCGCACAGCAGCACCGGCUACAUACAGCCGCUGCCUUCGGCGGCGGCGUGCUUGCACGAGGAGUUGACGCACGCACAAACGAGCUGCGCAACCCAGGCUUCUGGGCAGACGCGGCGCCUCCGCCGCCGCUCCCACCGCCAAGAGGCGCCCCAGGAGCCGGAGCUGCCUGGAGACCAGCACGCGAACGGCCCUGCCGCCGAGACCGACCACGAGGCCGAACCAGCGCAGGCCCCAGCCCCGAGCAACGGACCCACCGAAGAGUCCUGGGCAGCUCUCGGGAGCAUCGACCUCCAACAAGAGCUACGGAGAUUCGUGCCGACACUACAGAACGUGCCACGUUUCCUGCGCGCGGAGACCCGGAUGGCGUUCACCACGGCCCUGAAGAGGAUCAAGCGAGGACACGACCAGGGCAACCAAGCAACAACCCACCAAGGAUGGACACUGUUCCUCCUCGCCUCGAGGCUCCUGCUAAGCAAGCCCAAGGGUACCGACGCCGAGGGCCGACAAGAGCUCUUGGAACGCGCCCAACGGUUCCGCCAGGGCGACUGGCUGGCCCUGCUACACGAGGCCAACACCACGGCCGGCGCGCGCGCAGCGCCGAGGCCAGCCACAGAGGAGCAACAGCAGGAGAGACGCAGAGAACAGGCUUGCGCGCACGGCACGGCAGCAGGACCGUCGGGGGUCCGCGUUGAGCACCUCAAGCCGCUGCUGGAACACGAAGAGUCCAUGGACCUGCUUGGAUUCGCCGCCGCUGCCCUCGCGGAGGCGCGGAGCAGACUACAGGAAGAGAGGAGACUCCUGGACGAACUGGCGCACCUGCCCGACCUACAGUGCGCUUGGCUCCUCCUCCUCCUUUGCGCCUCCCCGCGGGCCAACCACCUGCUGCGAACCCUGCCGCCAGAGGAAAUCGCAGAAUACGCGAGAGGCCACGACGGCGACAUGUGGGCCACCCUGCGCCGCCUCCUCGGGGACCCCGCAAUGUCGCAAGACGAAGAGCGACGGGCGCGCGCACUGGCAGCAAUGCCUGGACGACACGGAGGACUCGGGCUCCAAAGCGCCGCGCGCACGUCCCCAGCGGCCUACUGGGGCGCAUGGGCAGACGCCCUACACAUGCUCCACCAACGGCGCCCCGUUGAAGCUGCAGCGAUCAGGGACCUCCUCGACGGCACCAGGCCCGGCCGUAGGGGCAACCUUGCCGCGGCCGCCGCGGCCGCACAGCUGCUCGAAACCGAAGGCUUCCGGAGACCUUCCUGGACCGACCUGCUCCAGGGGCUGCGCCCAGAAGCGCCGCCGCGCUCGGAGGCCGCCGAACCGGGGGAAUGGCAGCACGGCUGGCAGUUCCACGCUUGUUCCGCACGCAACACACACUACAGGGACAACGUGUUCAUGCCCAGCCUCACCAGGGCCAACCAGGCCAUGCUAAGGUCAGGCUCAGGACCGAGGGCCGCCUACUGGCUUCACACCUUACCCACCACCGAGGGGCACGUGUUCAAGCCCGCGCGGUUCCUGGCAGCCCUGCGCCGGCGCCUCAGGCUCCCGCUGCCGCUCCUCCCGCACGCGUGCGGGGCAGCCGGCCACCCAGGCUGCCGGGCCCGGCUGGACACGCUGGGAGACCACCUAGCCGCGUGCCCACGCACGGGGCUUCUCGCCAGACGCGCGAAACCGCUCGAACGAGCUUGGGCGAGGGUCGCCAGAGAAGCAGGAGGGAGAGUUGUCCCCCAACAGCUGCUGCGGGACACUAACGCCGUUGUCCACAACCCGCUGGACCGCAGACAAUUAGACCUAGUCGUCUACGGCAUCUCGCCGAACGGCGUCCCGCUGUGCUGCGACAGCACCAUGGUGUCCCCCCUCCGCAGGGACGGCUGGCACCGGCCGCGCACCUUCGACACCGACGGCGCCGCGCUACUUGAGGCCGAAAGGCGCAAACGACGCAGGUACCACGAAUUCACGACCGGCCAUUCAGGCCGCCUCAUGGUCCUCUCCUGCGAGGUCGGAGGCAGGUGGGGCCGCGAUUCCCUCCAGCUGGUACGCCUGCUUGCCAAGCAGAAGGCGCGGGCCGCGCCGGCCCUCCUCCGCCGCUCCGCGGAGCUCGCGUACACCAACCGCUGGUGGGGGUUCCUGAGCGUUGCGGCCCAGGACUCGCUCAUGGCCACCCUGACGGGCGACGGCUACCUAGCCUUGGGAGGAGCCGCCGGGGAGGACGACCCAGACCUGGCCGAA